AUCUGUCCUCCUGACUGCAGUCUGCAGACAGUGCCACGCUGCUGCUGCUGCUGCUGCUGCUGCUGUGUGAUACGAGCAAGUAGGAGGAACAGCUUCCUCUGGUUUUGCCUGAAAAAAUAAGUAAAUGACGAGACAUCUUUCUGGAGCUGCUGCUGCUGCUGCAGGGGAGGAUUUGGCUUCCAGUCUCCUGCAUUGCACAAUCUGUCCCCUCUGCUCGGACUGAUAAAUAAGACAAGAGACGGAGCCGGGAGGGAAGCUACAGAGGGAAGAACGGUAAAAAGCCAUAGUGGGGUGAGGUGGUGUGGAGGGAUAAUAGAUUUUAUUAAAGAGGAAAAAAAAAGAGGGGGAGAGGUUGAAUGGCAGAGGAGGUAUGAGGAGAGAAAGGGAGGCAGGGGGUAGACACGGGGAACAGAGGGUAGACUGAGCUACACUGCAGUAGAAUGAGGGUGAGAGUGAAAGAGAGAGCCAAGAAGCAUUCGAGCUGCCAGCCUUCCGCACGCCACUCAGGAUCCGUCGCUUUCUGAAGAGGCAAGAAGAGGAAUCCACCGUGGAGGCGAGAAGGAGAAGGAGGAGGGGGGCUGAGGAGGAGGAAGCCAGAGGUUCUACACACAAGAUGGCUGCUGUGUCCUCUGCCUCUGACACUGGGGACCCCAGGGGCCGACACCCCCCUGAGCGCAGACUGCUGAUCCUGGGGGGGCCACAGUCUGGUAAGACCUCCACCGCCAACAGCAUCCUCGGGGACGAGGUCUUCGACAUCGGGACAGAGACGACUCACAGCAACGUUGGCCAGACGGAGAUCUACGGCCGACGGGUCACCGUGGUGGACACCCCGCCAUGGGCCAUCCCCAGUGACCCGGAGGACAUCCCCGAAGCUGACGACGACGACGAUAACGCUAACGAUAACGCUAACGACAAUGACAACGACAAUGACAACGACAACGACGACGCCGGUGCGGAGUCGGACAACCCGACACGGCCCCCGCCCAGCCUGGACAGCGAGGGGCCGUGCAUGGGGGCCAUCCUCUGCCCUCCCGGACCCCACGCCAUCCUGCUGCUGGUGUCGGUCACCCAGCCUUUCACUGACACGGAGAGGAGGGCCGCAGAGGAGCAGCUGGGGGCCUUGGGUGGAGGGACCUGGAGGUACUCCAUGGUGGUCUUCACCGGGGUGGACAAGCUGACCAAAGGGGUCUUCAUUGAGGAGCACAUAGCGAACACCGGAGAGGCCCUGCAGUGGCUGGUGGAGAGAUGUGGAAGCAGGUACCACGCCUUCGAUAACACUCGGAAAGACACGGAGGACAACACACAGGUACCCGAGCUGAUGGAGAAGGUGGAGGAAAUGAUCACUGACAACCAAGGCUGGUACUUUGAGGUGAACGAGUUGAUUUUACUGGAGGAAGAGCAGGCCAGAAGAGCUCUGGAGGAGGAGAGGAUGAGGAUGGAGGAGCACGCUCGACAGAGGGAGCAGAUGAUCGGAGGACCUCCCAGAGAGUUGAGACUGCUCUUGUUAGGCUGGAAGGGGGUUGGAAAGAGCUCGGUGGGGAACUCCAUUCUGGGCCGUCGGUACUUUGAGUCGGGCCAGGAGACGGAGCUGUGCCUUCGGAGGCAGGCGCUCGUGUCCGGUCGCCGGAUCACGAUCGUCGACACCCCGGGCUGGGAUUGGUUCUCGGUGAGGCGAACCCCGAAGCGCAUCCGCCAAGAGUCCCAGCGCGGUGCCGCCCUCCUUCGACCUGGACCCCACACCCUGCUGCUGGUCCUCCCCGUCGUCUCGUCCCUCACCGCCCGGAAGAGGCGGACGCUCCUGGCUCACAUAGAGACUCUGUUUGGCGACAGCGCGUGCCUCCACACCAUGGUGCUGUUCAGCUGUGGCGAUUGGCUGGGACGCACGCCCAUCGAGGAGCACAUCCUCCGAGGCGGGAGGGAGCUGCAAAGACUACUGGAAUUCUGCGGGAACUAUUACCACGUCCUGGACAGUAAGAUCCCUGGCAAGGACAGGAGCGUGUCCGCCCUGCUGGAUAAGAUGGAGGAGAUGAUCAGAGAGAACGGGGACAAGGCCUUCCUGCCCAUACAGACCGAGUGGUUGAGCGAGGAGAGCUCUUACUCCUCUGACAACACCGAGCCCGAGGAUGACUGUCGGGGAUGCCAGCUACAGUGACACGAUCACACUUAAAAGGAACGCGGUCUCGUUUUCUGUCCCUGUUCUUGGUUUUCAACAGGCCCAAACACCACCUCACGUAACUCAAACCUCAUCUAGAGAAACCUCACCCCGCUCCGACUCCAAAGAGCUUCUAGGGGAAACAAAUGACUUGGAUCGGGGAGGGGUGGGGGGAUGGGGGGGGGGGGGGUCGCUCUGUUAGAACCGAACCGAACCGACCACUGAGCAAAAAGCUCGACCCGGACUGGAAUGAAAGCGCAAAACUCUCCUCUGACCCCCAAGAGGAGGAGAAAAAUUCUGCUUCUGCUUCAAGGGGCCGGAGCUCGAUCCCCGUCCAUGAGCAUGUACACAGGUAUCGGCUGCUGCUAGGGAGACCCUGUUCCAACACCGCAGAGUAAAGCAUCACGCCUCAUUGUAACUACGUCUCGUCGGGCUGCACCGAUACAAAUUAAGAGCAUAAAAAUCGAAAAACCAAAAGAAGACAAUGUUAUCGUGACCAGUCCGAUUUGUCCGGCCCGUUAGUUUGUCCCUCUUGGUCGUUGGAGGGCCGAUGACUCGUGUCAUGAAUUUGGACUGGACUUCUACAUCAAGUGCCAUUUCUGUCAUUCGCUUCGAAGUAGUUUGGAUCAAAAAGGGAUUCAAAGGAAACGGUUUGAGUGAAAGCGAACCGGCAAACAAUAAUCGUGUGUGAAGAAGAAGAAAAGAAAAAACAGAGAGCAGUUUGUUUGUGCGGUAUCAUAAAAGUACACGUUGAGACACAAGUGAGAGCUUAAUUCUCGGCAUUAACAUGCGAUUAGUUUCUGCUCAGGGAGUCAGGGUUGAAUCGCUUCCUCCAGGGCAAAAACGCUGAUUAAUGCUGAUUGCUUACAAACUGCAGACGUAUAAGUCACAUAUUAAAUUCAGAGUGGAGCUGAGUAGUUGCUCUAGUUAGCUGGGAGUAGAAGAGAGAGAGAGAGUCUGUGUUUGCACUUUUUUCGCCUGUAAUUAUUUCCUUAUGGAUUCUCACGUGCUGAAGAAAAAAAAGAAAAAGGAGAAGAAAAAAAAUAAAUAAAAGAAAACUCAAAGUGAAUCCAUCCACAGAAGUAAUCUGUCGUUCUGAGCCCAGCUUGUGCGCAACGAGGAGCUCGGGACAGUUGCAGGAAAUUGGCUGAAUUGAAACUGUGCGCGCGUAUUGAUUGAAGGUAGAUUCAGCCACGUGCCUCAGCAUCGAAGCGGCGGGGCGGUGUCCUAUAGGCUACAUCAAGCUUCCGCAUGCUACUGAAACAACAUAACCUCAUGAACCAUUCGAGCUCACAUAGGGCUUUUACUACCUUUUCU